GAGACGGGGAAUGCGACACAGGGGCAGGGAGAGGGGAGCCAGGCAAAUUCACGACAUCGCCAAGUGCAUGUCCACGGAAGGUGGCAGGUCCUGGAGCAGGGACACCUGUGAGGGUGCUGCCUCAUCAGGCGGACGCAAGUGCCUGGCGUUUUCUAAAGUGGGCAGCACCCAUCACCCGUGUGAGGACGAGGCUGAGCGGGAGGAGGAAGGAAGCAGACGGGAGCUGCCGCCGUCACAGGGCUGUGUCACCAGGACGCGCGCAGGCCGCCUGGCUCGAAACCAGCACAGCGUCCUCUCCAGCCUGGUGCUGGGGGGCCACCUUGCAGGCAGCACAGUGACCCAGAGCACUGGUCAUGUCGGGAAGUGUCCGCCUGCCCCAGUGACAAGGCAGCUGGUCACCGUCGUCACAGCCUGGUGUCCCAGGGGGUGUUGGCGGGGGUGGCCGUCCUGCCCUGUGCGGGUCCCCUCCCUGCUCCUGCAGGAAGGCCCUCCCUGCCGCCCCACACCUGUGACCCGUGCCAGGCCCCCUGCAGGCCAGCCCUCCUGGCACAGCGCCUGGUCCUGCCUCCUCCCCUGCGGUCGCCGGCUUCCCUUCCUGCUCUGGUCUCGAGAGUGUCAGAAUCGGGAACAGGCCCCCCCCCAGCCUGUCUGGGGAGAGGGCCUGAGAACAAUGGCUUGGCUCCCACCGUCCGCACAGGGUUGGGCCGGGCUGUCUUUCCAGUCACCCAGCUCUCUGCUCACUUCCUUCCCGAGAAGGAGGAACUUGGGCGGCAGGCAGUGUGCAGACCAGGAUUCCAGGAAGGGCCCUCUCCGCAGCCCUGCCCCGAGGCAGUCCACGAGGGCCGGCCCUGCUCCAGUGCCUCGGGGGCCGCCUUGGUGGUGCUGGACGCUCCACCGCCCACGGUUCUCUAACGAAAGCUGCCACAUUCUCCCCAAGUGGCAGGAUCACUCCACUUUCUGGCACCCCCCAUCACCUGCUGCCGCCCCUCAGUUCAAGGGCUCAGGAUCAGCUAGGACCCCAGUGUCCUCCUGUCCAGACACCCUGCCCCUGGGACCCUCCUGACAACCCCCGGUCAGGACAGUCCCCCGCCACUGCGCUGCCCGCCGGGCUCCUCUCCAUUCCUCUUCCUUGCCCCCACCCUGACCGGCUGCCCGGCCACUGCUCUGCCUCCCGUCUCCGCCAGGCAGACCUCCAGACGCACACUGGCUGGUUUGGCGACCCCCCCCCCCACGCUUUUCCCAGCCUCCGAAACCACCCCGUUUCCUUCGGUGCAGUGCCCACGCCGGGCCUCUCCCCAGACCCUUCAUCAGAUGAGACGUCAGGAGGGCCCCAACCGCCUGUCCCGCCUCUCCCAGAGGACCACCCCAGGGUCCCUGGGUGGGCUCCGGCUCCGUCCAGCCCGGCCGUGCCACUUCCGAGGGGUCCUGGUUCUGGCCCGCCCCUCCCCCUUCUGGUCAGGGCCCUCGUUCCUCCCAGGGCAGCUUUUAGGAGCCAGAGCCCUGUGCUGCCCCCCUCCCUCCACACGGCCCACUCCUCGCUCUCGGGAGCCUGGCCUGUGGUUGCUUCUGUCUUGCAGCAGGUGCGCGCGUGUCCUGUGGACCCAAGACUGCUUGGUCCACAAGCAGGGGCAUGCCUGGCACGUGCGGGCGUGCUGCCACUGGGUUCACAGUGAUGCCGGCAGCAGGGCAGUUGAGACCCUGGGUGUUGGCGGGGGCGGGGGGGCUGUGGGAGGCCCACGCGCCAGGAGGCUGGCUCUGCAGGCCGGGCACUGGCCCUUGGCCCAGGUUGUCUGAGACGGUUCGGUCAUAACUCUGUCCCGCUUUUCCCGUGAGAGCGUUCAUUCCUGCUCGGAAACUGACUUGCAGCCCGCUCUUUCUAGCGGCUUCGAUCACACCCGGGAAGCAGCAGCCCUCACAAGCUGCGCUGCCCGCUCCCCCGCUCUCCCGCCUGGUCCUGGCAAGGCUCUGGUGGAGCGUGUGUUCGGCCGGGCUUGUUGGAGGAGGCGGGGAGGGCGUUACGGCGCCGGGGAGGGUCCUUGGAGGGCGGAGGAGGGCAGCCUGCGGGAGGGCUGUGCGGCAGCUCCAGCCCGGGUGCAGAGGGCCCUGCGGGGCGGAGCUGAGCGGAGAGCAGCGCCCCGGGGAGGGGCGGGCGGGGGGCGCUCGGCGGACUUGGAACCUCGCCCCUGACACUGAGGCAUCUGCUCCUGGCCUCCCUCGCUCCAGCACGUCACGGAGAGGCCGCCUCGAGAGAGGCUGGAGCUCUGUGGUCACGCUUCAUCGCGGAAACUUCAGAGGGCCGGGCAGUCGGGCAGGUCGCGAUGCACCAGCUGGCCCGCGGGGGCUGGGAGGGGCGCUGCGUCGCGCGUGACGGGGCCGAGCCCUCCCUGCCCACUUGUGCUGGGGGGGCCCCGGGGCCGAGGGAAGCCUUUGAGGGAACAGGUCGCGGGCACCACUUCUGCAGCACAGAGGCUCCCUUCUCUAGAGGGAAGCCAGGCUGAGGCUCCAAGGCCAGAGGUUCACGGUCAGAAGAGCUGGCGUCCACUUGCGGCACUUGGCUGCGUCGCUGCCAUCGGCCUCCGCGAGCUGGUGGGGUGACCUGUGGCUGGCCCCUCAGGAGGACGUGG